CGUAAUGAGUGCACGUUUGUCGUUUACGUAGGACUUUUGCUGUGACAAGACAUGUCAAGCUGUUCAUGGUCCAUACAUGCAUACAGCCACUUGACGAAGUACUUGGAUGGUGCCAGUUAUUGUCAUUUCAUAGCUGUAAUGUUGUCAAUAUUGGUGCAGAWUCACCUCUGUCUUUUUAUGUCGUACAGUAASCGUGACGAGCCUGAAAGUCUUUUAACUUGUCUUAUGGCAGUAAAAGCGUUGAGCUCAAGAACACUUGAGAGGAGACAAGACUGGAAUGUGRCACAACCUCGUGCGCUUGUAUUUUAUCUUUGCUAUAAUCUUGACAAUCAGUGUGAUGGUGACUUCAUUUACGACAAUAGAGAAACAAAACACCACACCCUUAACCCAAAACAUACAUUAACCAAUGAUAAUUACAAAACCCAGGUAUGCACGAUGCUGGGYAUCAAGGUUUGUGAUUGGUAAAUGUUGGUUGUGCGUGCUGGGCUGGAUAACACACUUCAUCAAAAACCGUCAAAGAUUACGAUGAUAAUAAUGCCUAUGUGUAGUGUAUAUCAUGAUAUAUGUAAUUCAUACAGUCUGAUUUCUAGAGGCAAUGUCUCUAUUCGGAUCGGAGUACGUUUUGUCAUUCAUCUUACCACCACUAGCAUGAUAUGUUGUCUUAUCCAUUGACUUCAUUAUUCCGAGAUACACAGACGGCUCGGUCYGUUGAUUUAAGAGAGCUCUAAAGAAACAACUUUCACAAAUAUAUUAUUGUAUGUUUCAGRGAAGCGGYGAAGSAAAAGUUGAAAUUCUUUGUUAUG